UCGCUGCCUUUGGUAAUCUUUUGUUACCUAGGUAUGUACAUACGUUGGUCGGUAGCAGUGAAGAGAAGGAAAAUGCUACGGCGCAUGGGGUACUUAAAGGGGUUCAGCUGCCCAGCCUCUUUUUUCUGUCGAUCCCCAUUCGCUUCACACUGUCCUUUUUUAGAAGACAGAACAGGACAAACGUGUGAUUCACCCUCUCGUUGCCUUCUUUUUUUUCUUACUAUUUCGGUGUCCGAGCUUUGGUCAACAAGAGCUUUUUGUCGAUCUUGACGCUAUAACGCCGUAUCACACGAAACAUACACAUACACUCACCUGUAUCGCAAACUCUCCAUCAUGAAGUUCACAUCUCUCUUCGUCCUCCCCGCCCUCGCCCUCGCCUUCCCAGCACAGCAGCCACAAGCCAGAGACAUCGACAACAAUCUCCAGCGCAGAUUCACAUGCCCCCCCAACGUGCAGGAUUUCUGCUCCGCUUCCAACAUUCACUCGGGCUGUGAGAAUGGCAGGUUUUACUCGGGGGCCAUGGAUACGUGCCGAGAAUGCCACUGUUAAUUUUGGAGGGAAUACAAAGCUCACAUGGAAGAGAAGAUGGGGGAAGGAUCGAAAGAGUGGGAGAGAAUGUACGGCAGCGGUGAUGAUGAUAUACGAGCAAGUUUAUUUGGUUGAUAUAUAGUGUACGGGAGCUUUCAAUCGAUUGCCGCGUCAUUGUUCUCAUUCUACGCCCUCAAUAGUGUUAAUUCUUGUUAGCAAUUUCUUUAAUUCAGCAAAGUAAUAGCGUAUAUCAGG